AUGUCAUCGCGCUCCGCCUCGCCAGAGGGUGAAGGCGAGGAGAUCCGACCGUAUGGCGACGAACGAGAUUCGUCAGAAGAGGAAUCGGAGGAUGACCCAGAGGAGGCCAAGAGGAUAGCCGAGGGGUUCAUAGUGGAUGAAGAGGAGGAUGAUGAUGCAGAAGAAGAAGAGGACGAAGAGGAGAGAGAGAGACGUAGGAAAGAACGUAAGAAGAGGAAGAAGAGGGAGAAGCUCAGAGCUAAGAGGGAGAGACAACGUGAAGAUUUGGAACUUUCCGAAGAUGAAUUGGAACUCUUACAGGAAAAUAGAGGAUUGACCGGCUCAUCUCAAUCUAGACCUAUCAAGAGGAUACGAAGGGAUGGAUCGUUAGAUGAUGAGGAUGAUGAUAGGAGGGGUGAACCGACCCUACAGGAUAUGUUCAGAGAUGAUGAGGACAGGGAUAGGGAUGACGACGAGGAUGAUCUGGGAGAUUUCAUAGAAGAGGACGAAGAUGAUUUAGCUGCUCAGGGCGAAACGGAAGAUCAAAGAAGGGAGAGAAAGAGAGAAGAGAAAUUGAAGAGAAGACAGCAGAAAGCCUCGAAACCUGAAUUAGCAGGUGUCGAUAGAGCAUCAUGGGACGAGAUAUAUGCUGUGUUUGGAGAUGGACAAGAUUACGAUUGGGCAUUGGAAGGUGAAGACGGCAUGGAUCUGGAUGAGGAUGAGGAGGCAGCAAAGAAAGAUCUAAGGUUGGAAGACGUAUUUGACCCUGCUGAGAUCAAAGCACGUCGUUUACGAGAUGAAGAUCGAGCUAUAGCGAACAAUGAUCGACCAGAACGACAUCAAUUGGUCAAUUCCACAUUAUCUGAUAAUCCUGUAUUCGCUCCUGAUUCACUAUACCCUCCACCUGACUUGGCUGCUGCUUGGGCACAUACCAAGGUAUCACUUAGAACCCAAUACAUAUUCUGUGGGAUGCACGAAGAAGGAGCAUACCCUGAACCAACUAUCGAUAACCCUCAACCAUAUACCGUAUUUCGUCGUAUAGAACUAGCCAACGAGUUCAGAAAUGCAGUUUCGACAGCAUUGAAUAUGAUGUUUGUACAACACCUUGAAGUACCCUACUUAUGGCAUUACAAGAGAGAUGCCUUUAGCUUAUUGGAAAAUCAAGGUCAAUCAUCUGUACAGUUCUUGGAAAGAGACGAAUUGUGGGCAUUGUACAACCUUGGUAUCAAGUUUAGAGCGAUAUUCGAAAGGAAUCAGCAGACUCAGGCUCUUUGGGAGAAGAUCAAAGCUCGUAAACCUGAUAUACAGGAUGAAUAUCUGACAACAAAGUUACUUCCUUCGAUAUGUAUGAUGAGUGUAGAAUCAGCUGCGGAAGGUUCAGAUUGGUUGUCAUACCAUUAUGCUUCGGAUUUGAAGGCGAUAAAGGAGGAUGAAGCUGUGGAAGAAGGUGCAAAGAGAUUACCCGAACGAGGAGAAAAUGAGGAUUUGAGAACAGGACCGAUCAUGAAAUUGGUUGAGGCAUUCGGCAUCUCAAUACCCCAAGUAGCAACGACAUUUAAUGAACCUGAAGGGCAGCCCAUACCGCCCAAGAACGCAGAGAAGCUACCCAACGAUCUGGCAGAGGAGUUUUCUGGAUCAGGGACGGCUUUCGGAUCACCAGAAAUAGCUUUACAGGCUGCCAGUCAAAUUCUCAUCACGGAAUUUUCCAAAGAUCCUGCUAUACGUCAGCAGACGAGAGAUUUCAUGGAAGCAUGUGGUGUGGUGAGUGUAACACCGACGGAUAGGGGGAUGAACAUAAUAGAUGAAUACCACCUGUAUUACAACUUCAAAUUCCUAACCCGUAAACCCGUACAAAUGUCCAAAGAUUCCCCUCAAUUCUUACACAUGCUCAAGGCCGAAGAAGAAGGCUUGAUAACGAUAACCGUGGAAGCAGAUGAAUCGCAAGUGCAGUCAUUUGUGGAAACGUUGGUUAGGUGUUGUCGAUCAAAUGACUAUGGAGAGAUAUCAACCGCUUGGAAUGCUCUACGAGCGGAAAUAUGUUCAGAUGUGACGAGGAAAUACCUCGUACCGUCUGCGGCUAAGUGGUUGAAGGAGCAUCUCAAGAGUGAGGCCGAUGAGUUUGUGGCUGAGAGAUGUCGACUCGAGCUUGAGCUGCGAGUGAACGUUCGACCAUUUGCUUCAUUCGAUAUGGACCAAGGCGAAACUCCAUCUGUUUUAGCAUUGACCAACGGUAAAGGCGACAUUCGAGAUGCUAUUAUGGCCGUGAUGUUAGACGACGAUGGGAAUAUCCGAACGCAGACCAAAUUUGAUAAUCUCAGAGACGAAUUGGACAAGAAUGCUUUCUUGGAAUUAAUGGAAAAGAGGAAACCUAAAGUUGUCGUUAUCGGAGGAAUGUCCGUGCAAGCUGCAAGGUUACGAGACGAUGCUGCAUCGGCACUACGAGAAUUAGCGAUCAGAGCCUAUGGGCAAAAUCCACCUGUGUCAGAGGCAUAUGGACAAUACGAACAGUAUCAAGCGGAUUUGGCGGAUUUCGAUCAGAAAUUGGCUUCUUACCUCAUCCCUCUAAUCUUCGUCAACGAUGCUACUGCAAGAUUGUACAUGAACUCUGAAGAAGCUGAAAAGGAGUUCCCGAAUUUACCUCUGAAUGGACGAUACGCUCUAGGUCUGGCUAGAUAUACUCAGAAUCCACUUAACGCCUACGCCAAGUUGGGUAAACAGAUAGCUUCGGUGACUUUCAUGGAACACCAUCAGAAAUUGAUAAAUCCUGAAAAGCUAUUGAUUCACCUUGAAAGAGGUCUGGUCAACUCUGUUUGUUUCAUGGGUAUAGAAAUCAAUUCUUGUGUUGCGGAUGCUUAUCAAAGGUCAAUGUUACCGUUCAUCUCUGGCCUUGGUCCGAGAAAAGCGGAUGCUUUGGUACAUGGUAUACAUAAGCAGGGCUCUCUCCUCAAUCGACUGGCCUUCUCUGAUCUCGGUUUAUUCGGUCCAACAAUAUUCGAGAACGUUGCUGGUUUCCUGACCAUCGAGAACGAUCUCAAAGAUAUGAUGCUGGAACCUGAAAACCCUCAAGAACAGCCUGAUCCAUUAGAUAUGACUCGAAUACAUCCUGAAGAUUAUGAAUUCGCUCAAAAGAUGUGUCAAGAUGCCCUUGAUCUCGAUGUUGAAGAUGUUACCGAUCGACACAAGUCUGAGGUCGUGCAGACUCUUAUGUUAGAUGACAAGCGUGCUCAAAAACUUGGUGAACUGAAUCUGGAUGAUUUCGCAUUCAACUUGCAGCGUCAAGGAGAAGGGAACAAACGACAUACGUUGGGAGAAAUUGUCAAUGAGCUUAUCCGAUAUCGAGCUGAUCGAAGGCCUGGAUUCUAUGUACCGUCAGAAUGGGAAGUAGUCACUAUGUUAACGGGAGAGACUGAACGUACGAUUGGUAGAGGUCUAAAGGUUACUGCAACCGUCCGCAAAGCUCUGUCUGCGAGGGUGUUUUGUCAACUGGAAUCAGGCAUGGACGCUAUCUUAGAACGAGACUACGUAGCAGAUGAUGAUCAACCACCUGUAACGUCCUGCGAAGAAUUCUUCAAACCUCGUCAAGCUGUCAAAGCGGUGGUCAUUCAAGCUGAACCCAAUCGAUUCCAAGUGAAGAUCUCAACUCGAGCAUCGGAUUUGCGACAGGCAGUAGCAUUCAUUCCUCCAUUCCGAGAUGAACCGUAUAAUGACCUGGUCAGAAAAUCAGCAGCGGAAGAUGCUGCCGCCGCCAAGAAAAGACGACAAGCUGGAAAGAUCAAGCGUGUGGUCAAUCAUCCUAAUUGGCAUGUCAUGAAUUCCGGACAGGCAGAACAAUUCUUAGCUUCUCAGCAUCGUGGUGAUGUGGUCAUUAGACCUUCGUCCAAGGGAUCAGAUCAUCUGGCAGUAACGUGGAAAGUCGAUGAAGAUAUCUAUCAGCAUAUUGACGUACAGGAAAUCGAUAAACCGAAUGAAUAUUCCCUCGGAAGGAUAUUGAGAGUAGCUGGUAGAUAUUCGUAUUCGGAUUUAGAUGAGUUGAUCAUAAAUCACGUAAAAGCAAUGGCAAGGAAAUUGGAUGAAUUACAAUUACACGAGAAAUAUAAACCUGAAGAUGAUCUUGAGGCGUAUUUGAAGAACUACGUUCAAGCUCAUCCUGGUAGAAGUAUGUACGGAUUCUCGAUCGAUUCGGAUAGGCCUGGUUAUAUCAAACUGUGUUUCCUCAAUAAGUCGACAAGGGAUGGCGGUGUGAUACAAACAUGGCCCGUCCAAGUCCUUCCUGGAGCGUACAAGCUGAAUAACGCCGAAGUACCCGGUGUAACCGAGUUGUGCAAUGCCUUCAAAUUGCAGUAUUCCGCUAGACUCGCUGAACAAGGUAGUGGAGGUAAGACACCUGGUAUCAGAUUGGGUAAGACCCCUCUUCCUGGAGGAAGGACACCUGGUGGUAGAACGCCUGCUUUCGGAGGUAGGACACCUGCACUGGGUGGACGGACACCCAUGCCUGGUGCUGGUCCUCCACAGGGAAUGGGUAGGACGCCAAUGCAGCAGCCUGGUAUGACUCCUAAUCCUUACGGCGCACCGAUACUUCAACAGGGAUAUGGGAUGCCGUCUCACGGGUAUGGUAGAUCACAACAAGCAGGAUAUGGUAUGCCCCCAUCAAACGGAGGCGGGUAUGGUCGUCAACCUCCCGGACAGGGUUAUGGCGGUAUGACACCUGGAGGUGCGCCUGGACCUAGUGCUAGAGCGCCAGGGAUGAAUGCUGAACGAGCGUGA